AUGGGGAUAGGGAAGAGUACGACAAUUAAUGUGAAUUUCAAUCAUUCGGAUUCAUUUUAUUAUGCUGGUGAAAAAGUAUCUGGAACUAUUUCACUUAAUAAUCCUGAGAAAAAGUUAACUUUAACUAAUGUUUCACUUGCAUUUAUUGGUGAAGUCGGCUAUACAGGACAAAGAACACAUCAUUCUCAUGAUAGUAUAGGUAAUUUACAAUUAGAAAAUCUUACAGGUGACCAUCAAUUACUAUUUAUAAAUACUCAUCUUCAAUUUACUCAUUCGGAAGAUAAUCAGAAUAAAAUAACUCUUGAGCCUGGUCAAUAUUCAUGGCCAUUUGAAUUUACUCUUCCUGAGCAUUUACCACCAUCAUCAGGUUCAUUAACAGAUACAUGUCCUUAUAUAAAAUAUUAUGUACGUAUUACUUUUGACCAACCGUGGUACAAAUUAAGUAAAACACAAACUUAUCCAUUGAUAAUUUUUCCACAUAUUAAUACUUUUAAUAAUGAAAAUAGACAACCUAUUGCUGUGCCUCAUCGACAUCGAAAACAUUUACAUUUUGAUGCCUGUUUAAGUCCUCGAAGUAUUAUACCUGGUGAACAGAUUUCUCUUGAUAUUGAUCUUAAAAAUCAUAAACAAUUAAAAAUAAAAGGAAUUGAAGCAAGAUUAAUUCAACAUCGAGAAAUUGCUCAAAAUCAUCAUGCUGAAGUUAUUUUUAAAAUGGAUUUACCUGUUCCAAAAGAUUUUAUGGAAAUAGAAUUUCAUGAAACUUUUAAUAUAGAUAUACCUUCUGAUCGUCUACCACCUACGUGUAAUUAUACGGUAUCAUCUUCUGGUUUAUCGAUUCGUACUAAUAUUCACUAUGAACUGAAGUUGGAAGUAAAAGUUGAUAAAUGGAAUCAGGAAAUGCAUUUAAGCAUUCCAAUUACUAUCGGAACAGAAUCAUCAUUCGAGCAAUCUGAACUACGAGAAAAAAGUUAUAAUAAAAUGCCAAUAAAUAAUACAACAGUUUCGAAAGAAAUGGAUGUAUCACCUAGUUUUGAAUCGGAAGUUGAAAAUAUAAGAUUAUAA